CACUCCACGGUGUAGAGGUACUUUAACCACAACUACAGCAGUACUCUGACAACCAUGUAAACGCGGCGCCCCUACUGGCCUCCGGCUGGCAAGGCUGGAUUCUGAGCUCAGAACCAGUGUCAGGGAGCUACUAUCCCUGUUGAAACUGUGGUCGAGCAGAGAAGAAAAAAUGUAACCCUUCCCCUUCUAGCCCAAUCUAAACGAGCAAGGACAGUACAAAGCAAGCGGUCCACUCACCUUCCAGAUAGAUGCCGGCUGGUGCCUUUGAAAUUCAAUGCCGGCUGGGGAUCCUUCAGCGUGGGAUCACGCCGUGUAAAUGCCCUAAAUGCAUACAGUAGAAGGGACGCCUGGAACUGCUAAUGUGAUGCAUCUACACAAGAGGAAUGUAACUGCUUUAAGAUGGGUAAUAAACAGACGAUAUUUACUGAUGAACAACUAGACGCCUAUCAGGACUGCACCUUUUUUACUCGCAAAGAAAUCCUCCGGCUGCACGGCAGAUACCAUGAGAUGGCUCCUCACAUAGUGCCAAUGGACUACACCAACGAGCCAGACGUCACAAUACCAAUACAACUCAUUGUAAACAUGCCAGAGCUCAAGGAGAAUCCAUUCAAAGAGCAAAUAGUGAAGACCUUUUCUGAAGAUGGCGAGGGGAACCUGAGCUUCAAUGACUUUGUGGACAUGUUCUCCGUGCUGAGCGAGAUGGCUCCGCGUGAGCUGAAGGCCAUUUACGCCUUUAAAAUCUACGACUUCAACACGGACAACUACAUCUGCAAGUCGGACCUGGAGAAGACGCUGAACAAGCUGACGCGGGAGGAGCUGGCAGCAGAGGAGGUGACGUUGGUGUGUGAGAAGGUGAUCGAGGAGGCCGACCUGGAUGGUGACGGCAAGCUCAACUACGCAGACUUUGAGAACAUGAUUGGCAGAGCACCCGACUUCCUCAGCACAUUUCACAUUCGGAUCUGAAGGGCAGAGACGGGACUGGUGUACAAGAAGGCAGGUGCACUUCAAGGUCAGGGUCGAUCCCCUCUGUUCUCUCAACUCUCUGGAAUGACCGUGUACUGGUGGCAGAGCUGGCUGGAACUGCAGGGAAAGAGCAGCCUGCCUCUCUCUCUCUCUCUCUGUCUCCUCCUCAUCAUAUCCGUCUGAGGACAGGCUGGAUCGCUGAUAGUUCCAGCAUCUGCUCCCUCUGCUUGGAAACCCGAAGAGCAGGUGACCGACCGAUCUUCACGACAGCAGCCGUGUUCCUGAACAACUCUCUUGAAUUUUCCACUGAAGAGGCAGUGACAGUGAAGGGUAUUCACUCCAGGAAGCACAGGCAGAUUCUAGGGCUAAAUCCUCUUUGUCUGUAUUUUAUAUCACAACACACAGUGAGUGGCGCUUUGUCCUUUACUGGGGUUUCAAGGAAACCUUUCAAUAUCCCCACUGUUUUGUAAUCGCUUGCUGCAGAUGUUUAAGGUAUUAAUUUUAAUUCAGAGUUGUUUGUUGUAAAUCGCCGGUUUUGGUGAUUCUUCAUUGCAGCAGCUUCCUCAUGGACCAGUGUGUGUCCCCAGCCCCCCUAACGCAUCUCCCUUCGAUACCUGAGUAGGAACGAACUGCAGAUUUAACUGCUGGUUUAAACUGAAGAUGGAAUCAAAAAUCUGGAGGAACUCAGCGGGUCAGGCAUCUUCUCUGGGGGAAGCAAUAGGUGACGUUUUGGGUCGAGACCCUUCUUCAGACUGAGAGUCCGGGGGAAAGGGAAACAAGAAAUAAAGACGGUGAUGUAGAGCGAUAUAAAACAAAUAAAUCAAAGGUAUUGAAAAAAGUAAUGAUGAUAAAGUCAACAGGUGCAAAGUAACCCUUGCAUCCCCCCCCUCUCUCCAUCCCUCCCCCACUCAAGUUGUACCAGCUUCCUCAUCGGACUUGUUGAGUCGGACUGUCUAUACUGGUUUCACCUGGACUACAGCUAGCAACGGCCUGUUUAAUUUCUCAUCAUUACAUUUUUCAUUCAUUUGUUCUAUAUCUCUCUACAUCGCUGUCGAUAUCUCUUGUUUCCCUGUCCCCUGACUCAGUCUGUACGAAGAAGGGUCCCGACCCGAAAUGUCACCUAUUGCUCUUCUCCAGAGGCACUGCCUGGCCCGCUGAGUCACUACAGUUUUUGUGCCCCCUCUUCACCUGCCUGUGUUUCACACCGCCUCCAGGGACCCCCAGCGGGCUACCUCAGUGGGCCAGUGGCAGGAAGACUGGGAUCGGCCGCUGUGGCUGGGUCUGUGCUUGCUUCGGGCUGUGCUUGGAUCUGACAGGGCCGGUGAUCAAAUGUAGCACAGUGCCGUGCUACGGGGAAGGGGUCAUUGCACAUAGUUUCCAUCUGGGCCACAGCUAACAAUGGCCUGUGUUCCUUUAACAUCGUUACGUUUUUGCAUAUCUUUCAUUGUGUUACCAGCUAUACUAACCCACACCGGCACCAGUGCAGUACCGUGCCGAGCUAGGAGGCUGGGGACCCUUGUGUUACCAGCUAUACUAACCCACUCAUCACCAUGCACAAAUGCAACUUUCUGCCUCCCCCCAUUCUUUUCUACUUCCAGUAUCAGAGAGGUACUGGAGCACAAGGACAAUCACGUGGCUGUACCCCAGCCAGUGGAAGGGCUCUGUCAUUACACUGUUUGGACACAUUCUCAUUGGGGAGGUUCAGCGAUUUCUUCAUUCCAGGUUGAAUAUUCUCUUUCAUUUCCUUUCGGUUUUCCUGCAACUGAAUGUAAGCGAUUGAUGUCGACUGAUAUCUCUGCGUCUAUCCCCCGUUGGAAACCUCUGGUUAUAUUUUGAAUAUAUGGCUUUCCCAUUGUUUGUUGUCUUAAUAAAUAAAUGAAAGCAACCCGAUGGCUCAAGCUGUGUCUACACACACUGCACCACCGCCCACAGCUCCAUGCAUCUUCCAUCCAUUGUACUGUUACCACACAUCCACACAUUCACUUCCAUACACUGCCACACUCUACAGUUCCACACCACACCCACCUGGGCCAGGCCAAGAUGGCCAUUCGGGGGUCCAGGAAGCGGGUCGUCGAUGGUCGUCUGCCUGCCCCCCGUCCGGGCUACGUCCGUGCUCCCUGGAGGGGGAACACGUGGCGUCCACGUGGACUCUAGACGCCUUCCGCGAACGCUAGUCGCCACGGGGG